CAUAAGCAAGCUGGCUGGCGGGCUGGCUGGCUGCCCGGGCACGGACCGUUUUCACUGUCCGCCCUGUCUGUCUAUCUCUCUCUCUCGCGCGACUGUCAUUACUUUACGCACGCACGCACGCACUCUCUCUCUCUCUCUCUCUCUUUCUUUCUCUUUCUCUUUCUCUCUCUUUCUUCUUCUUUUCUCUCCUCAUCUUCUUCUUCUUCUUCUUCUUCUUCUCUAUCUUUCUAUCUAUAUCCGUAUUUUCUAUCUUUAUGUAUAUUUUUGUAUAUUUUUUCUAAUUAUUUUUUGUUCUUCUUUUAUACAAUCAUUCGAUCAAUCAUCCCUUUCCUUUCUCUCCCUCUCUCUCUCUCUCUCUUUCUUUCUCUCCUUCUUUUUUUCUUUAUAUUUCAUAUAUUCUUAUCGUCCUUUUCUCUCCUUUCUUCUCGAUCGUAUCUCCAUUUUCUUUCUCUUUCUCUCUCCGUUGACUCCAGUGAAAAUAAUCUCGUACGAUGGGAAUAAUAAUCUUCGAUAUGAGAUCGACGUUUAUACGCGCGUGACCAAGUUUACGCGCUACGUAACGUCUUGAUCUUCGCAUUAAACGACGGUCGGAACGUCCAUGACCCUGAAGUCCAGUGACAGUGCAUGUCGUCUGACCUUGGCACGGCGUUCUCCAGGUUCGCCACGAGCAGCUGGUGGUGGUAGUGGUGGUAGUCGGUAUGAUGUCGGUGUUCGGUCGUGUUACAGCUGAUCAUCAUCGUCGUCAUCAUCAUCGUCAUCAUUAUCAUCAUCCGACGAGAACCAUCGACCAAGUCGGUUUCGAUUUCUCAACUCAGACUCGACGACGUGGAUUAGUAAAACGAGGAAGGAAAGAGGAAGAGGAGUCGUAAGCCUACGCCCGGAGUAUAAGAAGUGUUAUUCUCGAUUGGACGUGUCUGAAAGCUGGGUGGUGCAAUCGAAAAGGAUGAACAAUCGAGUCGGAUCGUUCCAUCAUCUGUUAGUCAUCGAAGAAAGGGACGUUUUUAAAUUUUCCUCGAAAAUGUCUUCGAUCGAGAUCUAAUCGAAUUUCGAUUAGACAAGAUGACGCAUCGAAGGAUAUUAUCUAACUACGUCAUACGGUGAUUUAUUUUCUUCGGGCUUAUACCGAAAUAUAUUCGGGAUCAUGAAGAGAAGAAGAUAUAACUCGAGAUAUUUCGAUAUAUAACUGUUAACGUAGUCCUGCCGAAAAUAUGGAGGAAUCGUCGCCGAGGAUUCGUCCUUACUUGGACUGGGACAACGAAGACAAGUACUCGGUGGCGAACAGCCAAGCUCCUUUACAAGGUGGUGAGGACGAUCAUCCGGAGCGUGGUACCUGGACAGGGAAAUUUGAUUUCCUUUUAUCUCUUUUGGGAUAUAGCGUCGGUCUUGGCAACGUUUGGCGAUUUCCCUAUCUUUGUUAUUCCAAUGGGGGUGGAGCCUUCUUAAUACCGUUCACGGUGAUGUUGAUCAUCGCUGGAUUGCCAUUAAUGUUCAUGGAACUUUCCUUGGGUCAGUACGCUAGUCUUGGACCAGUAGCGGCUUAUAAAAGAUUCUGCCCUCUUCUUCGUGGUUUGGGCUAUGGGAUGGUACUCGUUAGCUCUGUCGUGAUGCUCUAUUACAAUUUGAUCAUUGCCUGGACACUAUAUUAUAUUUUUGCCUCGGUCGUUGGCGCUGGCGAAUUACCAUGGGCAAAAUGUGAAGAUCCAUGGAGUACCGAGGAUUGUUUCAUGCCCGCUGCAGCUGAGGCCUGUACUUCUCAGGACUAUUAUUAUUAUAAAAGAAAAUGCUUGAAUUCAACGCAAAUGGCUUCAAUGGGAUUGACUAUUGAGAAUAUUACCAAUGCCAUUAGGAAACCACCUGCGGAGGAAUACUUCACUAAUCACGUUUUGGGAAUGAGUAGCGGUAUCGAAGAAACUGGCUCGAUUCGUCCGUCGAUGGCGACGAGUCUUUUUCUAGCCUGGGUUAUCGUAUUCCUCUGCUUGAGUAAAGGCGUUCAAAGCUCGGGAAAAGUCGUUUACUUCACUGCACUCUUUCCUUACGUCGUUCUGAUCGCUCUCUUCGUUCGAGGCAUUCUACUUCCCGGUGCCACAGAGGGUAUACUGUUCUAUUUAACCCCCGAUUGGAAGAGACUUAUGUCGGCCAAAGUCUGGGGUGACGCGGCUGUUCAAAUAUUCUUCGCCCUGAGUCCAGCCUGGGGUGGAUUGAUAACUUUGAGUUCUUACAACAAAUUCACGAACAACUGCUACAAGGAUUCAUUGAUCGUAGCCGUUAGCAAUAUCGGAACAUCCUUCUUCGCUGGUCUAGUCAUUUUCUCUGUUAUCGGCUUCCUUGCUCACGAACUCGACGUACCAGUUGCGUCUGUCGUAGAUCAAGGUGCUGGUUUAGCAUUUAUCGUUUAUCCCGAAGUAGUAUCUCGUCUACCGGUUGCGCCAGUCUGGUCAUUGUUAUUCUUCGUAAUGCUAUUGACCUUGGGAUUGGACUCGCAAUUCGCAUUAAUGGAGAC